AUUUAUAAAGGCAGUUAUGUAUAAAAAUUUGACCAAAAAUGCACGUCAAAUUAUGGAAUUUUACAAUUUAAAGGUUCAUCCUGGUUACGUUAGGAGAAACCUUUGUCGCGCCUCUUACAAUGAGCUGUUUACAAGUUCUCCAGUGAGAUUAUCUUAUGCGAAGAUUGAAGGUGAAGACACAGAUCCUGAUCCAAGUCCUCCACCUUUAUUUAUUUUACAUGGAUUAUUUGGUGCUAAAAAGAACUGGCGAAGCAUUGGAAAAGCUUUAAAUGCAAAAACUGGAAGGCAGGUAAUAUCAAUUGAUGCAAGAAACCAUGGAAGCAGUGAACAUAGUGAUGAAAUGAACUAUUUUGURCAAGCACUGGAUGCUAAAAACUUGCUUGAAGAACUAGAUAUUGAAAAGACUGUGUUAAUUGGRCACAGCAUGGGUGGAAAAGUUGCAAUGACACUGGCUUUGUCAUUUCCUGAUUUAGUGGAAAAAGUUAUUAUUGUAGACAGUUCUCCUACGCCYUCAAUCUCUGAUGAAGAUAUACAAAAGUACUUAAAAGUCAAACUUCAAAUGAAUUUAAGUCAGAUCAGGGAUAAAAAGGAGGCUGAAAAUUUGAUGAAAAGUGAAAUUGAAAGCAGUAUCAUGAGYCAGUUUUUCCUAGCCAACCUUAUCCCAUUGCCUGAGGGUGGAUUCAGAUGGAGAAUAAACUUGGAAGCCAUUGAAAAUAAUUUACAAGAUUUAAUGGCAUUUCCUUCACACUUUCCACAUCAGCAAUUCAAYGGAGAAGUUCUUUUUAUUGGUGGUGGAAACUCAAAAUAUAUUCAGGAAAAAGAUUUUCACAUAAUCUACAGUCUUUUUCCCAAAGCAGAAAUAACAUACAUCCCAGACUGUGGUCAUUGGGUYCAUGCACAGAAACCCAGGGAAUUAAUGCAGUUGAUAUUGGAUUUUUUACACAAGAAGUAGUUAACACUAUAAUAGAGUUUGUCAGGAUUAAAUAUACAUUGAUCAAAUCUUCUCUUCGAGAGCACCAUCACGGACCAUAUUCAAGAGGGUAAAAAGAAGUGGUCAAUGGAAUGCGAUAUGGACGGAAAAUCGUUUUUAUUCAAUGGACACACGGUAUAAUAUAGACACUUCUGAAACUCACAACAUUGUUUUAGAAGUCAACAAGCCAAUGUUUCUAGCUGGAGUGCGCCUGUUUGCUCCUGAUUCAGAUGAUCAAGGCACAAUUUUACUAUCAAUUCACAAGGCAAAGACAAACUUUGAAUUGCACAGCACAAUGUUAAAUCUAAAAAAGGAAACACGAACAAAAAUCGAUGAUUCCUACAUUGGAUUCACGGUACUUAUAAAACCAUCUGUAUUUCUGUUACCAAUGGAAAAAUACUCUGUUAUUGCACGCUUAGUUGAUGUCAAAGAAAAGCAAAAAAUAACAGAACAACCGCAGUGUUUAGUAAAGCCUGGAUUCGCCCCAUCUAGUGCUGGUUUUUGCUUUUCCAGCAAUACUGGCGGCCUUUUCGGCGCUGUUAGUACUCCUAAUGUUUCCCGCAUCUUGUCAACUGUAUGAAGUGGAGGGAAAAGCGAAAGCUCCUACCAGGAUCUAAAAAUAACAUUUAUAGAUCCCGAUGAUUCAGCGAAUCCUGGUACCACUUCUAAAUAUGGACAAUUUCCUUCAUUUCUUUUGAAGCGGAAGGUCCUCUUAGAGAAACGAGUGGUGACCACUGAGUGAGAAAGGAAAAACGUGUAUCGGCAUAUGACUGCUACAAAGUGAACACAUUGUGUAGCUAAUUCAAGAAAAUCCGAUAUAUACGUAUGUGCACAUGUAUCUACAACUCUGCGCUUUGCUGCUUUCAUGUUUUCCGAGGCACUUAUAGUAACAAUUUUAGACCCACUAUACUACUUUUAUCCAAACUUAGCAAACUGCUUGUCAAGCUUUAGUAAACAAGAUGAAAACAAAAAGCAAGCUCGACACUGAGUGUGGAACGUAAUUUCACUAAUUUUUAGUUAGAAAUAGUUUUUAUAGAUAUCAAUGAAAUGCCAGGUAUUUCUCUAUAAAUAUACGUGGAAAACUUUUUAAUUUUCAUAAUUAUGUGGAAGAUAGAACGGAUUUCGUAUGACUGUUCAAAAAAACAYGGCACUUUCGAGCAGUACCCGUUCUCUACCGGGACUGUGAUGCCUUCUUCAAUAACUAUUUAAACAAAAAACAAAAAAAAUAAUAUUUUUCUUUUUCAAUUAUUAUUAUUAUGGUCAUCAGAGGCGAUCAGGGUGACUGAAUAUGCAAAUAAAAUGUAGAUGAUCAAUCUUUGGUACAUGAUGUGCAUCAA